AUGGUGAAUUUGUUCAACGCGCGUGUAUCUGAAAUAUAUUACCCAGGGUGUGAGAUUAGUUUAGAUGAAUCAAUGGUAUUGUGGCAUGGAUGGCUUAUAUUCAGACAGUAUAUACCAAAUAAACGUCACAAAUAUGGUAUCAAGUUGUACAUGAUCACAACUCCUGAUGGUAUGAUUCUGAAAUUUAUGAUAUAUGCAGGCAUGUUGGAUGAUUCUGGUAGAAAAGAACAUGCAAAAAAAGUCGUUAUGAAUUUACUCGAGGGAAUGCUGGAUGUAGGACAUAGCAUAUUUAUGGACAAUUAUUUUAACAGCUAUGAACUGACAAAAUGUCUUGCUGAUGGGAAAAACUCAUUGCACUGGGACAAUCAGAAAGAACAGAAAGACAUUUCCGAAAGAGGUAAAGGAAAAAAAAAACUGAAGAAAGGGCAAACUGUAGCAAAGUAUGCUAAUGGUGUGAUGAUUGCAAAGUGGCAGGAUAAGAGAGACAUCACUUACAUUUCCAAUGAAUAUAAAAAUGAUAUGGUGGAAAUAACAAACAAAAGAGGUGAAAUUAAAUCGAAACCUCUACCUGUAAUUCAAUAUAAUAAAUUUAUGGCUGGUAUUGAUAAGCAAGAUCAGAUGCUUGCUUAUUAUCCUUGUGAGAGAAAAACAAUUAGGUAG